AUGGCUCUUUAUUUCAAAUCAGACAGAACCAAACCUGAUGGAAGUUUUAAAGUGUAUGACAUCAACCGUCUAAAAGACAUCCUCGGACAUGACCUGUGUUCUCAGUUGCUGUUCAUCCAUGCCAUGACUGGUUGCGACACGACUUCUCGGAUUUUCGGUGUUGGCAAAAAGAGUGCUUUCCAGAAGCUUGUAAAAGGAGACCCUGUCCUUCAGUCUUGUGCCAAUGCUUUCACCAUCCCAAACCAGACCACACAGAUUAUCGAAGACCUUGGGUGCCAAGUGAUGUCUUUCCUCUUUGGUGGCAAGCACGCAGAUUCUCUUGAGACAAUGCGAUAUAACAUCUUCAGCAAGAAGGUUGUCUCUUCUUCGUCGUUUGUAACCCCGGAACGUCUGCCUCCAACUGAAUCUGCUACCAAACUUCACUGUCGCAGAGUGUACUACCAGAUCAUGGUUUGGAUGGGAAUGGAGGAGGGUAUGGAUGCCAUGAAGUGGGGGUGGAAGCUACUAGAUAAUCGGUUCGUCCCACUGAUGUCAAGAAUGAAUGCUGCUCCAGACAGUCUCUUGCAGGUCAUUCACUGUAACUGCUCUGCUGCCUGCAAGACCCUCCGCUGCUCAUGUAGAAGAUAUGGACUGCCAUGUACUACUGUCUGUGGACCGUGCCAACUUGAAGAAUGUGACAAUCCACAUAACAAGUUCCUUCCAGAGGAGUCAGAUGAUGAGGAUGAACAGUGA